AAGUCUUCUUCUGUUGCUGCCGUUUUUACCGACCACUUCCGCGUUACCAUAGCAACGAGUCAACCUGCAGGUCGGAGCGGUUUAGCAGAGGGGCUAGCUGCUUCAAAUGUUCGGUUUCAGGGGACAGGUGAGCAGUGAGGAGGAGGAGCUUCAUCAUCACCUGCAGGCUGUCCAGCAUGACGUCCCGUGCAGCCCCUUCAGGUAAAGAAGCUGUGAAGGUGAAGAGGAGGAGUGGGAGUUUGGGGCGGAAGCAGACAGCAGACAUCGAGGAAUUGACAUCUUCUGGGCACAAAGCGCUGCAGGAGGGACGCCCACAGGAGGCACUGGGGUGCUUCAGAGAUGCCCUGAAGGCCGCAGACCAGCUCCAGGACUCGCGGGUCCUGCGGGCCUGUUCCUUUAACCUCGGGGCUGCCUACGUGGAGGUAGGACGACCUCGGAAAGGUCUGGACUUCCUGCGACGUGCUCAGCCUGGUCCCAAGGCCAACCGCCUCCCUGACCUUCAGUUCAACCUUGCCCUGGCCCAUGAUGCACUGGGGCAGAGCCGGGAGGCCACCACCUACUUCCUGCAAGCUGCCCAGCUGUAUAGGUCACAAGGAGACGGCUGCAGCGAGGGGGAUGCCUGCGUGGAGAUGAGCCGCUGUUACGGCAGGACACGGGUCAGGACCAAAACCUGAAUCUGACACAGAACAGGUGAGCCAGGUGACUCAGGUGUGUCUGUCUGUGUGUCACAGGACUGGGCGCUGGCGGCUCAGGGUUACCUGCGAGCUGCAGAGAGUUACAGAGUGGCCAACAUGUUGGACUAUGCAGCCACCGCCCUGUCAGAAGCAGGAAGUCACAUGAUCCAAUCAGAUCAGUGCAACCAGGAUGACAUCAUCGGUGUGCUGUCAGAGUGUCUGAGUUUGAUGGGGAGCAUUACGGACCCGAGGACUCUGGGUGAGCUGUACCUGUCGGUGGGCGUGUCUUACUGCCGGCUCAGGUCUUUCCAGGAGGCAGUGCAGUUAUUCCAGAAGGCUCUGAGCCCCGCGGCUAAGUGGCCCCCCCUGCUGCCCAAAGUCUUGCACAACCUGGGAGCGGCGCUGAACUCCAUGGGCCAGUUCAGGUCCGCCGUGGACUACCACAGGCUGGCCGCUGGACUGUACGGCUCUCAGGGUUGCCGUGGCAACCAGGCUCGGUGUUUCAGUAACCUUGCGUUUGCCUUCAGUCGGAUCGGUGAGGAAGAGGAGGCAGCAGAGAGCUUAAUCCUCGCCCUACAGGGAUUCAGAGACACAGGGGACUACCUGGCACAGGCUCAGGUGUGCGAAGCGCUGGCAGAGUGUUACCUGGUGCAGAGGAAGCAACACAAAGCAGUUCAGCUCUACAAACAGGCUCUGAGCGCACUCUCUCACUGCCAGGACAGCGGCGGCGUCCAGGAACAACUGGUGGAGCGACUGACUGCCACGCUGCAGCAGAGUCUGACCGUCGGUCCUCAGAAGCCCCACCCACCGGCACCACACAGCCUCAGGCCACAUCGACACAGCCUACCUAUUGGACCUCACGUCAGGAAGAGUGACAUCACAAAGAGCCCGGGCACAGCAGCAAAUCAGCAUCCAGAUGCUCCAGAGACUGACGCCCCAGGAUCUCAGCAGGAGGCCUCUGAAACACCUGAAUACAUGAGCAUAGCACCUGGACAGAGCUCAGAGCAGUUAGACAAGCAGCAGCACAGUGAGUUGUGGUUGGACAGAGGGAACCCUCGCGCUGACAGCGAUGCUUCACUGGCUCAGGACAGUGAGGCCCCGCCCAGCAGCCCAGGUGACAUCAGAGAGCAGUCCUCCCUCGUGUCCAGUUGGAGGUCUCAGUUUUGUUUGCUGAUGUAAGCUUGCACUGUCUCCUGAUUGGACAGUCGGUAAUCGGAGAGGACCUGUCAGCGUCACUGAAGUCCUUAGAGCUUCAGUCAGCUGAUGCGGUGGCAGCGUUGCCGUGGCUCAGACCGAGAAUCAGAGCUGAUCCGUCACAUUGUGCUGCUCACUCUGA